GGCUGCAGCCCUGACGCCCCGAGCCUGGGCCGGCCCCGGGGAGGCAGCCGGCCGGUCCGGCGCUCAGGACGCGGGGCACUUGCAGUCUGGCCUAACAGCGGCCCGCGGGCCACCGGGCAGGCCCCUAGGGGGGCCCCCAGACGCCCGCCCACGGCCCGGUCCCCCGCCCCCCCGCGGGGGCCAGCGGGCCGUGCGGCCCAGGUGAGGCGGUCCGGCUGCGGCCCCGCCCGCCGACUUCCUGGUUCGCUGAAGGUGCAGGCAGCUUGAGGCCGGCGCGAGGGGGCGGCGGGGGCGGCGGCCGCGCGGUCACCCGGACGUGGGGGCGGGGCGGGCGCAGCUCCACCGCCGGGCCGCGGCCGCCGGGCUCUGAGCGGCCGUUCCCGCGGCGGCCGGCGGGGCGGGGCGGCCCCCGCGACAUGCAGCCAUGGACUGCAGGACCAAGGAAAAUCCAGAAAGAACCUUUGACUUGGUAUUGAGAGUGAAAUGUCAUGCCUCAGAAGAUGAAGAUCCGGAGGUAUUGUGGAAGUUCCCAGAGGACUUUGCAGACCAGGAAGUACUACAGACUGUGCCAAAGUUCUGUUUCCCCUUUGACGUUGAAAGAGUGUCUCAGAAUCAAGUCGGACAGCACUUUGCCUUUGUACUGACAGACAUUGAAAGUAAACAGAGGUUUGGAUUCUGCCGACUCACAUCGGGAGGGAAAAUCUGCUUAUGCAUCCUCAGUUACCUGCCAUGGUUUGAAGUAUAUUACAAGCUUCUAAAUACUCUGGCAGACUACUUGGCUAAGGAACUGGAAGAUGAUUUGAAUGAAACUCUCAAAUCACUCUAUAACCAGCCAGUACCAAAGGCAAACACUCCUGUCAAUUUGAGUGUGAACCAAGAAAUAUUUAUUGCCAGUGAGCAAGUUCUGAAAGAUCAGCCCUCCCUAGCACGGCAUUCCUACUUCAUUGCCCCUGAUGUAACUGGACUCCCAACAAUACCGGAGAGUAGGAACCUCACGGAGUACUUUGUGGCUGUGGACGUGAACAACAUGCUGCAGCUCUACGCCAGCAUGCUGCACGAGAGGCGCAUCAUCAUCACCUCCGGCAAACUCAGCACCUUAACCGCCUGUCUCCAUGGAUCGGUCGCCCUGCUCUACCCGAUGUACUGGCAGCACAUCUACAUCCCAGCGCUCCCUCCUCAUCUGCUGGACUACUGCUGUGCCCCAAUGCCAUACCUGAUCGGAAUACACUCCAGCCUCAUAGAGAGAGUGAAAAAUAAAUCAUUGGAGGAUGUGGUUAUGUUAAAUGUUGACACAAACACUUUAGAAUCACCAUUUAAUGACUUGAGCAGCCUACCGAGUGACGUGGUCUCAGCCCUGAAAAAUAAACUGAAGAAGCAGUCUACAGCUACGGGGGACGGAGUGGCUAGGGCCUUCCUGAGGGCUCAGGCUGCUUUGUUCGGAUCCUACAGAGAUGCACUGAGAUACAAACCUGGUGAGCCCAUCACGUUCUGUGAGGAGAGUUUCGUCAAGCACCGCUCAAGUCUGAUGAAACAUUUUUUAGAAACCGCAGUUAACCUCCAGCUUUUUAAGCAGUUUAUCGAUGGUCGACUGGCAAAACUAAAUGCAGGAAAGGGUUUCUCUGAUGUAUUUGAAGAAGAGAUCACUUCAGGUGGCUUUUGUGGAGGGAACUCGAGGUCAUAUCAGCAAUGGGUGCAUACAGUCAAGAAAGGAGGUGCACUACUCAACACAGCAAUGACCAAAGCAACCCCCGCUGUGCGAACAGCGUAUAAAUUUGCAAAGAAUCAUGCAAAGCAGGGAAUAAAGGAAGUGAAGAGUAAGCUGAGACACAAGGAAAAUGAGGACGAUUAUGGGACUUGUUCUGGUUCUGUACAAUAUACGCCCGUCUACACGCUACGCAGUGAAAAGGGAAGAAACCUAGCAAGGCGUAAGCUUGCCCAGAUUUAUUGCCACAGAUGGCUAUGUCAUUCAUCACAAAGUCUUGAAACAAAAACAAAGCCGCGCCUAAGAAGGACUCUUCAGAGCCUGGAUGGUGUUCUGUGCGCUGACAAUGAUGAGGACGCAGAAAGAGCUAGCAAGUUGUCCUCUGAAGACGGAGAAGAAGCGUCUGCUUAUUUCUACGAAAGUGACGACUCUCUUGAAACCAGAGCACAGGCCCCUUCCUCGGGUGAGAUGGACUUGCUGGGCGAGAUCCUGGACACGCUGAGCACGCACAGCCAGGACCAGGGGAAGCUGGCGGCGGCCAGGAGCCUGGACUUCUUUAGGUCGAUGGACGACAUUGAUUACAAGCCCACGAAUAAAUCCAACACGCCCAGUGAGAACAACCUGGCCCUGCUUUGCGGUGGUUCCGGUGACCAAGCUGAGUGGCACCUGGGGCAGGACGACAGUGCCCUCCACGGCAGGCAGCUCCCGCCCUCGCCCAGGAAGCGGGUGGCCUCCAGCGCGGGAACGGACUCCCUGUCCAUCCUCAAAGAGGAGAACGGUGAGCGACGCCUCGGCGUUGGUGCCGCGAGCCGGCCCACAGAGCUGGGAGAGCCGGACCCCGCUCCAGGACUGGGUUUGCCGCUGGCUUCGCCCGGAGCUUCCCAAACAGAGAAGAAAGAAACACUAAGCCAGACUCCGGGUGAUCCGCUGGUACCCAGCCUUGGGCGCCGUCCGUCUUUUGUUCCUUGGGAGAAAGAAGGGAAAGGAGCCAAAGAGACUUCAGAAGGUUCUGGACUGCUUCAGGAGGUGGUGUCGUUAUGCCACGUAACAUCUGCCUUCCAGCAAGACUUAAACAUCUCAGAAGGAAAAGCAAGUGGAAACCAAGCUUAAAUCAACAAAUGAAGAGUCCGUCGCUUGCAUCCAAGCUUCUACGGAGACAUUUUAGGAGUCCCUGUGCCCUAUCAUAAACAAGGAUUGGUAGAAAAGACAACUCUUCCUACCGUCUAAACAUUGUUUUUCAUUUGGGACAUUUCUCCCACUCGUCUGUCUCGUGGUAUAUAGAUUUAUCCACUGAUUUUUAAAUGUAAAGCUAACUCUUCUACUGUGCUCUUAAAUCAGGUACUAGCUUGUAUGUAUGUUGAAAGUAUAUAUUGAACAUAUGAUUUCCCAGGAUUUGGUGCUUAACGCCACUUAUUUUAUUUAAACGAAGUAUACAUCUAACCCUUGCACAUAACCAGUAGCUACUGUACCAACCUGGUUGAGCGUGAACUGGCCAAGAUACCAAAACCUAUCAGAACUAGCCUGAAACUGUUGACCAACUAAUUGCCUUAAUCUUAAGCCUAUAUUAAGCAUACUUACAUAAUUUAUGGAAUUGCAGGUAAAUUUUGAAAGAUAAGUUAUAAGUGUUCUGCAGAGCAAUAAUGCCUUUUUCUAUUCAUCAAAUCAAGGACAAAAUUCAUUUUUUCAAAGUUAAAAAGCUCUCUUCUGGACACUGCAGCCAUGUUUUCCAAAAGGUAUAAAGGUUCGCAUUUACCUUACAUGUCACUCAGCGAAAUAUAUGAAGUGCUGGAUUACAAUGUGAAAUUAAUGACUUCUGUUUACAAAUGACACUUUAAGUUUUUUCACAGUCUUUCUGUAUGACUUUGCUAAAGUAGGAGUCACCCCCAGGAAGCCAAAUGUGACAUAAACUGUCCUGAUAAAAAAGUGUUCCUAUCUGUUUUUCCCUUAACUAAUAAUUCUCUACCAGAAUGCUUCAUAUCAUCUCAGAUGGACUUCUUAAAAUAAUUGACAUUAUAUUUUGGAAGUUUCAAAUUUAUACAAACCAUGUGGAGAAAGUACAGUGUCCCCAUGUCUCCCUACUCAGUUUCUGCUGUUUUUCAUGUCCUAUGAUGUCAGUGCAGUACGUCUUCACAAUUCAUGAACCAUGCUCCAUGCACAUUUCCUUAGUUUUUCCCUCCCAUCCUUCUUCUGUCCCAGAAUCCCACCCAGGGACCACAUCACACUUGGCUGCCACAGCUCCGUAGGCUCCUCUUGGCUGUGACCCGCUCUCAGACUUCCCUGGUUUUUGACGACCUUGACAGUUUUCAGGAGGACUGGGCAGAUAUAGAUAUGCUGUAGGAUGCCCCUCUGCUGGAACUUGUCUGGUGUUUUUCUCAUGAUUGAUUGAUUGAUUGUAACGGGACGGUUGGGUUUUGGGGAGGGGGUUACAGAAGAAAAGUGCCGUCUUCAUCAUUACAUCUUAUCAGGGGUCCAUGCUGUGCACAUGAUUUGUGAAUGUCGAUGUUGGCCUUGGUCACCAGGCUGAGGUGGCGUUUGUGGGGUUCCUCCCCUGUAAAGCCGUUCCUUCCCCUGCCGCUCCUACUGCCGUCUUCAGGAGGAAGUCGCCGUGUGCCGCCCACACUGAGGCUUGGGGCUCGUGCUUCCUCUCUGUGAGGGCACGGAAUCCACGUAAAUUACUUGGAAUUCUUCUACAUGGGACAUCGUCUCCUGUCUCUCAAAUUCACUUUCACGCUUUGAAGUUCACCUGAGAAGGAAUCGUGCAUUGACUGCUUGAUGAUUGGCUAGAUAGACAGGAAUAAUCAGGAAAAAAACCCAGUGAUGCUAUGGUUCAUUUGUUGUUAGUAUGUUCAAUAUAUAUACUCUAUACGUCCCCACUCAUGAUUUUUGUUUACAUUAUCAUUUUAGGAAAGGUGUUUGAGAACCCAUUCAAGAACCCUCAUCAAGACUGUGCUCUAAAAUAUUUACUGAAAUCAUAAUUUAAUUUUCAAUUAAAAUCCUGGAAGGGGGUUUGUUAAAAACAUUGCGUAAAAUACUCAUUCAGGUCAGUCUUUAAAUAAUUUAAAGAAAAUGACCAAGUUUUACUUUUCUAAAGUGCAUUUCAAACUCUCAAUGGAUAUAUUUUGGGAGGACAAUUAUUCAUUCAUGUUUAUGAAGGAAAACAAGGAAGACCUUGUUUUCCAUAUAAGGAUAGAUUCUGUAUGUAUUAAGGAAAACGGUGUUUAAUCCUUUUUUAAAUUUAAUCCUUUUUUUUAAACACAAAAGAUUCAAGGUUCCUGUCAAAUUUUGCUUUUAUAUACUCGUUACAAAAUUCCAUUUUAUUUAAUUGAAAGAUAUAAAAAAGUCCAUUUAUCAGAAGAGCUAUUUUAAAUAAGAAGGAAAAACUGUCCCUCUGGUCGUUAAUCUGCUGGGCAAAUAUUCUUCAUAAUUUUUGAAAAGAAUGUAAAGCAGCCCUUUAAUGUGACUAUUGGAAUGAGGUAUUUUUCCUUCAGAAUUCACUGUCUGGAGAAUGGGAUCACUGUGAGUGUAGCACAGGCACAAUUUGGGUUUUGAUCCAUUUGCUUGAUAAGUUUCAAGGCCUCAGACACGUGAGUUUUUUUCCUGUCUUUUGGUCCCCUCACCAGAUGUCUGACUGCACUGCUGUGUGUGGUGAGGGUGUUCAUCCACUGACAAGUCACAUUUGUGUCAAGAUAUUUUAAACUGAAUUUGUGCCUUAUUUUAACAUACAAAAUCAGCUCUUAUAUUCCAUGUUAGAAACAAAAGCAAAACCCCUGCAUGUUAUUCUUGGAAAAAAUCCAAAAGACUAGGAGCAAGUAUUCAUAUUUCAAACCGUUAACAUUUUAAGUAUUCAAAGUCUGCUCUGAAACUAGACUUCCCAGUAUUAUGGUGGCUGUAGAGAGAAUGAAGUGACAUUGAGGCGAGUUCUGAAAUAAAAGUAUUUUUCCUACUAUCUUCACAUUUUCUAUUAUAACUAAACCAAAUAUGUGUAAACUCUCCUGCUGUUUGAAUUCUUUUUUUUUUUUUUUUUUACCCCCAAGGAGCAACACCUGUUCUACAACAGAAUUGUAUAAACAAAUCAGACCUUUGGCUCUGAGGUCCAGUCUUUAUGUGACCUCUAGACAAAGUCACAAUUCUCCCCAAAUCCCACUCUAGUUAUUAUCCUUUUGCCCUUGGGUAUUGCAUCCAUGGUAUUUCAGGGGGAUAGAAGAGUCGUGUGUGAAUUUAGGGGCUCUUGUUUUGUUAAGUGAGACUGUGUUAAGUGGUAUAUUUUGAUGGCUACCUACUUUAGCAUAUUUUAGAAAGGCACCAAAAUAUAGCAUGAGUACUUUUCUGAUUAAAAAUUAAAAACUCAUUUAGGAACUAUUUAUCAGCUGUUUGUACUGGUCAUACACAAGGUACAGUAACUGUGGACAUAGGGAAAUAAAAGAAUUGGCCUAGUCCCUGCUGUGCAGGAACUAAUUAAAAGGAAAAGGAAUUGUAAAUCCCUGUUAACAAUAAUAACGAUAAUGUAUUUUGCUUAGAAGUUAUUCAGCCAAGAUUCUAUCACCAAAAAAAGGCCUUUUAAAGCUGCUUAAUAUAAAACAUGCUCUAAGUACAGAACCAUUGUACCAUUUCUAAUUUGAUUAACUUUCUCUACUGUUAUACGAAGUACAGUAAUGCUGCUACCUAGGAUACCUACUUUUAAAGGCCAGAUUCAGAGGCUCUUAGAAACUAAGUGUUCUUGUUUACCUGACUGUCCACCACCACUCUGCUCUCCUAUCACCAGGCAGCGAGGCUCUGAUGAAACCAUGUCCCUUUGCACUACUUAGGGCCACGUCACUCGAAUCAGGAUUAACUGAGCAUGCAGAUGCAUGUUGAUGGGAUCUCGUUUUACUGUCUUUACCUUGAUGAUAGCAUUCUCUAGAAACAGCCUCCCCUCACACACACACAUACACUUUUAAACUAAAACUGUCUGUGACAGUGCUGUUGUGAGGAGUUCGUGCUCAUAUACUAAUAAACAGGACCCAGGAAUGCUAAUGAAUUCAUCGUUUCUGAAGUAAGGUGAAGUAGACUGCUGAUAAAGAGGACAAAACUGUGACUAUUCUCAUAAUUAGUAGAUCUUCUUUUCUAGAAAAUGUGAAUUUUCAGGAAAAGAUUAUUUUCAUGAAUAAAUUUUCUAAUCUGAAUUCCAUUUUGUUUAGCAUACAAUAUCCUGAUUCUGGGUAGAUAUUUGUAUAUCAGAAUAUAAAUUGCAGAAUGUAAAAUGAACACCCAAACCUAAUUCCCCCAGACCACUUCUUAAUAUAUGAAAUGCUUUCUACAAACUGUCAGUAUUGACGUCUUUCCUCUGUCGAGCCCAGGAAUCUGUUAGUGUGUGUUUCUUAAAUCUUGUUUAAGAGGCAGAGUUGUUUUGAGCAAAUCAGUUAACCUUGUGAUUUGGUCAAGGUAGGGAAUUAUGUGUAUUUAGAAAGAAGCAUGUUUUAUUUUGAAAAUAAUAGGAUUUUGUGCAAUAUUUUUUCUUGCAUAAUUUAGUUCAUAUAAAUACAUCUGCUUUUCUAGCAGAUGCCUUAAGGUCAUGUUUUUCAGUAUUUGUGUAAAACUGUAUGUAGCAACAUUCCAUGUGAUUUUAGAGAAAACAUAUUCUUUAUACCGUUGGCAGGAGAAAUGUUUUUAUUUAAAAUAAUUAUGAAUAUUGCAUUAAUAUAUCAUAACUAACUGCCUCAGCAACAAUAAAUAUGCAACAAGAAAAUUCUGAAUCUUAGAUUACUAUUGACAAUACUGUUACUUUAAGAGAAAUGUGUAUAGUGCAAAAUGCUGAUUCUUCAUGUGUACAUUUAACAAAUAGUUCUGUACCACAUAAAUCUAGAUGGCAUUUCUAUGGUGAUGACAAAACAUAUGUCAACUGUAAUAUCCUUUGUGAUGAAUCUUUGGUAAGAUUUAUAAAGGGCAUUGCCAAUACUUUUUGACUGUGUAAAUUAAGUUAAUUUUUGUAUAAUGUACAGUUUGUUUAACCUUAGAGCUUCUAUAGAUUUCUACUUUUGUUAUACUUGAAUGAGGCAGAAGCACUGUGGAAAAUCUGUAGCUCUGGAGGUGAUAUGCAAACAUACCAAAAAAAUAAAACAAGGUACUGAGCAGCGAACUUAACCAGAUGCUUUCUAUCCAGAAAGCUAUGUUUUUUCAAACCAUACUUAAGUGAAGGAAUUUAAAAUAUACAAUCUUUUAUCUUAAAAGAUUGCCAAGUCACAAAUGAUUACCUCUUUGAUAUGAUAAAUCUCUGAGUCUCUUCGUCUCUGUGUUACUUCAUGUUUCGGAAGAGAGCCUUGUUGAGGUACAUUGACAAAUCUGCCCUUUGGUUGAUUAUGUGACUUUUAGGACAGCCCAGAAUUAGACUCUGCAUCCUAAAUGCACCAUGUGUGUUGAGUCACCAUCCUUCACAUAGUCUAGUUUCCAUGUGGUUAUCUGGAGAACCUUUAAUAAUCAUAUACCAAAAAUGAGAUUUCUUAAAUCUGUCAUGAUUCAGUACUUAGAGCAAUGCCUAAAACAACAAGUAUGAACUGCCUAAAACCUACAGUUUAAAAUGCAUAAAGCUUUUUUACACAAAAGGUACAUGAGAGGUUAAAAACUGAACUUUCCCAAAGCUUAUUUCUCUUUCUUUAAAUGAAUAACUAUUUGGAAGGACUGAAAAACUCGAGCUUUUUGCUAGCCAUGGUGACUGGUAUCCAUACACACCUUCCCAGCAUCAAGAUGUGCGUCAUUGUUCUUGCAUCCUUGAGGCUACAGGAUAAGAGUCAUCUCUAAAGCUGACUACUAUUGGGAGGACUUUGUAAAAGUAUUGUUUGGGGAAUUUUAAAAACUAUAUGCAAAAGUAAAUAUUGGAUGAAUGACACAUUACCAUAAAGUGCCCAACGAUGCAGGUUUAAAAUAAAGUUGGUCAUAAUCA